GGAUCUAUGCCAAUUUCAAUGAGAUUAUAUAGAAUUUCAACAUGACAUACGGAGUCGAAAGCUUUUGAAUAUCCAAAGAUACAGCAACGGUGCACUUUUGAUUUCUUAAAUUUGAUGUUAUGUCGUUGUGGAACUUGAGGAGACCGAUUCAAGUAUUUUUCCAACGUUUGAAAGAAGUGAAAUUGGCCUGAAGUCGUCCACCGUGGUGCUAUUUGUUUUCUUUUUGAUUGGAAUAAUUUUCGCCAGUUUCCAUUGUAAAGAGAAAUAGCCGUUGUUUAUGCAGUGAUUAAAUACGCACGUAAAAAAUUUUAUAAUAGAAUCAGGAAAUUUCUUGAUUAAAAAAUUUGAAAUGCCAUCCGGACCACUUGAUUUCUUUGGAUUUAUAUUCAUAAUAAUGUUCCUUAUCGUUUCAGAAGAGGUGAAGUGGAAUCUAUCUGGAUUGUUUAUAGCACAAAAUCUAUCGUCAAAAGAAUAAAUGUGCGUUGUGGUGAUAUUCAAACAGGAAUCAACUCGAGAAGUGAGAUCGUCGACUGGAUUUAAAGAUAUGGCCGCUUACUUGCCUAACCAGGACUGCCGUCUGGACGAUCGCAACCGUAGCCCAGACUCACCUGCCCGUCCCACAACAAGAAGCGCCAAUCGACCCAGACGGCCAAUCGAUCGUCCCAGUUCCACAUCCCCUGAAAGACGUCAACGAAGUCGAUCCGAUGCAAGACCCCACCAACGCAAAGAAAGACCAAGCUACUGGCAAUAUUCAUGUGGACUAUGCCAAGAAGACCAUGCCUUCAGUGCCUGUGAGAGGUUCCGCCGGCAGACGCCCUUUCAGCGGUAUGAGACCGUGGAGCGUCGGGGGUAUUGCCGAAAUUGCCUGGCGAGAAGUCAUUUGGCCCCCGACUGCCCGUCUUUAACUGGUUGCCGGAGAUGCAACUGCCGGCACCAUACCCUAUUGCACGGGGCGUCUCAAUUGGAAGAGGUAUCCCUAAAUAUAGAAGCCGUCACCACCCCAGCUUUCGCAUGGGACUUAGUAUUUGUACCGACGGCUAUGGUGCGCAUAACGGCCGAGGGCAUGGAGGGGUUCAGCAUGUUUCGAGCCAUAGUUAGCCAAUCGGCGACGAUGUUCAAUAUCUCGUAUGCAGCUUUCCGUCGCUUGGGUCUGCAGUCGCGGAACUACAAAGGGGAGCGAUUCACCACCUUCACCGUUUCGCCCCGCCGCACAAACUCUGAUUGGAGUCUGAAGCUAAAUGCUUUAAUAAUUGAAGACCUCCCCAGGCGCAUUUACUCAGACCCGAUAUUAGAAGACCCCACGAGGUGGUUUACGAACUCUGCUCUUGCUGACCCUGAUCCCAGAGGAAAUAGUCCGAUCGAUGUGGAACUGGGAGCGGACACUUACUCUGCCAUAAGGAAAAAUGGAUGCACCGCAGCUGGCAUUGGAGAUGUCCUGGCCUACAAUACUCAACUGGGCUACGUGUUUGCUGGGCCAAUCAAGAACAUGCCGAGGAACUGAAGACCGAGGAUCUUUAUGGUAUAUUACAAAUAAAUACUUACACUUGUCAUUCGAGGCCCAGAAAAUGUUCAUAAAUUAACGCAAUUUUGCCCAACACUGUUGGUUGGGUAUUUACCGGCGGCUGCAAAGAUUACAUCGAAACAAAAUGAUGUAAAUAAUAUACGCACCUACAUACACACAUACAUUGAUGCAGCUACCGGUAAAUUCCAAUGCUGAAUUCCAAUAAAUAAGCAUCGUCAACAACCAAAACUGGUUUAAUGUGACGAUGCAAAUUGGACAAUAGUUAGUUCUAAUCGAAUUACCGCCACGAACACAAGUUUCCCCCUCGAGUGACAAGUGAAAGUGUCUGUGUAAAAUCAAAGUAAAAAUUAAUAACAUUAAAUUGAACAUUAAACAGUGAACAUUCAACAACAAUAAGAACAUUACUAAAAAAGAACAUACAACACUGAAUUAAAAAAUGUCUAAAUUACAAAUACUUAAAAUCUACUGAAAUAAAACUAAGAAAAUAGUGGAUUAAAAACUAUGAAACAUUUUAUAAAAUAAAUAAACUUAAGAGCUAUUGAAUUAAAACCUAAGAACUAGUAAAUUAAAAACUUAAAAUAAAUUACAAAACAUAAAAACUAAUUUUACCUACUCCUAAAUUGCACUAAACCCCAAAAAAGUUACUGAAAAAUAAUACUAAAUAAAA